AUGUCCGGACUCACGGAUGCCCGGACUCACGGAUGCCCGGACUCACGGAUGCCCGGACUCACGGAUCCCUGGACUCACGGAUCCCCGGACUCACGGAUCCCCGGACUCACGGAUCCCCGGACUCACGGAUGCCCGGACUCACGGAUCCCUGGACUCACGGAUCCCUGGACUCACGGAUGCCCGGACUCACGGAUCCCCGGACUCACGGAUGCCCGGACUCACGGAUGCCCGGACUCACGGAUGCCCGGACUCACGGAUGCCCGGACUCACGGAUGCCCGGACUCACGGAUGCCCGGACUCACGGAUCCCUGGACUCAAGGAUCCCCGGACUCACGGAUCCCUGGACUCACGGAUGCCUGGACUCACGGAUCCCCGGACUCACGGAUCCCUGGACUCACGGAUGUCCGGACUCACGGAUGCCCGGACUCACGGAUGCCCGGACUCACGGAUCCCCGGACUCACGGAUCCCCGGACUCACGGAUCCCUGGACUCACGGAUCCCCGGACUCACGGAUCCCUGGACUCACGGAUGCCUGGACUCACGGAUCCCCGGACUCACGGAUCCCCGGACUCACGGAUCCCCGGACUCACGGAUGCCCGGACUCACGGAUGCCCGGACUCACGGAUGCCCGGACUCACGGAUCCCCGGACUCACGGAUCCCCGGACUCACAGUAUGCUGCUCCACCUGCAAAAGACAAACCCAAAACACAAAGAGCCGUUGAGCCUAGUUGCAAGCGUUGCCGCCCUUAA